AUGGCCACCGAGAUAAUACCGCCGUCCACCGCGGCUGGGCAGAAACUCUCCCGCUACCGAAGUGUAAGACGCGCGCAGCAGGAACAGCAGCAGGCACAGAUCCAACACCCAUUCGGCCAGUUCCAGCACCAGCCGCAACACCGACACCCACACGACCACAACGACCAAGAAGAGCAACAACGACAACAACAACAAUACCACCAAGACCAGCCUACUUCACCCGUUACAGCACCUCCCCUGCCUCCCAUGCCUGCGUUGCCCGAAAUGCAGCCUCCCAAGGACGCGCCCAUCAGUAGGAGCAUGUCUCGCUAUCACCGCCGACCGACGACUGUCUCCCACCCGCACACCACCCUCCCCAAGACACCACAUGGGGCCCCCCUCUCCUCCACCACCGUUCCCACGCAGCAAUCACCGCCUGCGCAAGCCCAGCAACUGAACCCCCCUGCGCCUCGCAACCGCCCUGUGAGCUCGCCCCAGCAUGCGCCGCACACUGCAAACACCGGCCAGCCUCGCCCCAAAACCUCGAGACAUGCUUCCGACGACGGGCGCCAGGCCUGCCCUCGCGGCGAUGACGCUGCCCGACUCGCCAUGCAAAAGGAGAGGGAGAGACAGCGCCUGGUCAGGGAGAAGGACGAAGCGGAGGCGCGCGAGAAGAGGGAGGCCAAGGAGGCCGAAUUGAACAGACUGGAAGCACUGCGCUUGCUCGAGGAACAGUCGGUGCAGAGGAACGCUCAACAGGAACUCGAGGAUGCAGAGGCACUACGGCGGCAAAAGGAGGAGCUUCGGGCCGAAUGGGAGCGUAGUAAGCGCCUACAGAAAGCAGAAGCUCAGAGGGCGAUGCAACAAAAAGAAGAACAAGUCCGACGAGCCAAGCAAGAGGAUCGGGAUCGCAGGGCUGCGCAGGAACAGGCGUCACAGACGUCACAGGCACCGCGUAAAGCGCAAACAUCGUCACCGACUGCAUCACCGCCAAGACAGGAUGUAGGCUUCGGAUUGUUCAAGAGAAGAAAGGAUGCUGCUCUCUAUCCCGAUGGGCCACCGAAAUUCGCAAGUCCGCCACAAGUAGCCCAAAGUCGGAAUGUUGCCGAACCGGAGACGAUCCGGCCAGGUGGUGGGGGUGCAGUUCUGGGCAUUGAUGCUCCCACCUCUGCCGUCAACGCUGGCGAUAGGCUUCCAGUCACCCCAACUACCACACCGCUCGACCUGAUCAAAUCGGCCGCCGUCGUUCUCGCAGACCCCAUCAAUGUCCGCACAGCCGUGCUCUCGGAGCUCUUCGCCAAAGUCAGCAUCACGCGACCCCUUCGCAACUAUGAAUAUGUCAGAGACGUCAUGAACUCGUGGGACUAUGAUUCGCAAAACGAGCUCACGAUCAUCGACGCCGACAUGGACGGCAUCAAUCAGGACGACUUGCUGUCAUACAAGGUCCCGGAAACCCGACCCGAGGGCAUGUCGUGCUUCAUCCAGUAUUCAUCACGCCCUGGCAAGUGGUCGAAACGGUACAUGACUCUCCGCCCGGAUGGCCAACUGGUCAUGGCGAAGAAUGAAAAGGCGAAGGAAAAGGACCAGGAAAACAUACUCACGCUCACUGAUUACGACAUUUAUUCCAUCACCCAGCAAAAGUUGGCCAGAGUCAAGCCACCCAAGAGGAUUUGCUACGCGGUCAAGAGUAUGCAAAAAUCCAACAUCUUUGCGGAUGAGUCGCAAUAUGUUCACUUCUUCUGCACAAACGACCGGGGCACCGCAACCACCUUCUACCAGGCCCUUCAACGUUGGCGAAGCUGGUAUCUCAAGCACCAAAAGGGCGAGGGAGUCAAGAAGAAGACGCCUGUAGCUACCUCGCGAAACGUGUCUGGAGCAGAACCGAGCCAAGCACAGGCCUCGCACGUCCGAGGGGAAUCCGUCGGCUCCCACUAUCAACUUGGCGCAUUCAAGCCUCUGCUGGACAUGAAUGAUUUCAACAAGGCUCUCGACGAUAUCGAAGUCCACCGACCUGGAGAGUUUCCAGACGACAAGCCUCUUGCCAAACUCGACACUCAAGCCAUGCAUGCUCGAAAACGGUCGGUACGGGUGAAGCAGCCACCACCGACGGCAUUCAGUAGGAGCGCACUGGCCGCUGAGACCACUUCCCAGCCCUUGGGACGGUCAGGCUCGGUGCGCCGCAGCAGCGAGCAGUCAGACGAUGAGACGUUUGCUUCCGGAGGCCUACUCGGACGUGCCUAUACUCAACGCCAAGCCGCACUGCAGGCUCGCGAGCAAGAAACUGCCGGCCCCUUUAUCGAAGGCCCUUCCUUGCUCAACAACAUGAGCCGGCUCACUCCGACGUCGACAAACGAAUCCGGGCUGAUACGGAGUUCAUCGGUGCGGAGUACCCACCAACGUGCCUCGAGCGACCUCAAACGCAGCGCCUCGAGGCGAAUACCGGGCAUGCCCCAGCCUCUAGUCGACCUAACCCCAUCCUACCAGCCCCCACCCCAAUUCGCAUCCAAGGGCAAAGGAAGAGGCUACAGCCCCGGCUCAUCAGCCCAGGGCCCUCUAGUCGAAAGCGCAACCUCCCCCGAAGAAGCCAUCAAAGUCCCCUCGUCCACCGACUGGCGUGCCCGCCCGGGCAGCUCGCGCCCCGCCCACGGCACCUAUGGCACAAACGGCCACGAACGCACACGCUCGCUCAAAGGCCGGGGCGAGCCCCUUGCCGCCUACACGCAAAACAACCAUGCGGGUGCGCCCGAGGAUGCCACCAAGGCGUUUACAGGAGGCGGGCUUGUGGCUACGGCGGGGUUUUCGCAGGGCCAUGCGCCGGUUGGGCGGGGGGUUAUGGAUGGGUCCAAGGCCAAGGGGCCGAUGCUGGACUUUAAGGAUGAUUUGCAGUUUGCGUCUGGGAGUUUGUUGUCUGGGCUGCCGAGUUCGAGUGAGCUUGUUAUUGAUCGGUCGGGUAAGUAG